CACUCCCACCCCCAAGUCCCUGUGGCAGCUGAAGAGAUUAGACUAGAAGCAGCUCUCUAAUCAUCAGAGUCAGGACAGCCUGCUAUUCUCCACCAGCAGCUCAGUGAAAGACGGAGAAGAGUCCGGUGCUGGCCUCUGUAGACAGACACAGCACAGCAGCAUGAGCUCCUUUGGCUACCGGAGGGGACUGGGCAAGUAUGAGCACGUGGACGAAGAGGAGCUUCUGGCCACGCUGAGCGCUGAGGAACUGCGAGAGCUGGAGAGGGAGCUGGAGGAGCUGGAGCCGGAUGAUGCUGUUCCCAUUGGGCUGAGGCAGCGGGACCAGACCGCCGCCACCCCAACAGGCCCCUUCUCCCGAGAGGCACUCCUCAAGCACUGGGAGAACCAAAGCCCAAGGCUCCUGCAGGGCAACGUGGAGAAGGGCCAGACUGAUAAGAGGGAAGUGGCCAGUGUGACCCGGGGUGAUGGUCAAUCCUCAGCACUGACAGACGCUGACAGGACCCUACAGGAAGAUAGCACGAGUGAAGCUGGCAAGAGCGGAGGGAAAAGAAGGGAAGAGCACCAACAGCUGCAUGUAAACAAUUCCCUUCCAGGGCACGGAGAGGUCACAAGAACUGGACCCUGUAGGUUCAAAUGUCCUAAAAACCGCAGCAUCAUUCCCAAUCAGAACCUAAAGACAACCCCUGAACAACCGACAGGAAACCCUGUUGUGAUCAGCGACGUGCUGGAAAGGGUCAUCAGUAACGAGGCCUCACUGAAAGAGGUCAAUCUGAACAACGGCGAGGACAUCCCCAUGGAGAGCCUGGUGCGCUUGGCCGAGGCGCUGAGCGUGAACACACACGUGCGCAUGCUCAGCCUGGCCCACACCCGCGCCGACGCCCGCGUGGCCUCCAGCGUGGCGCUCACGCUGCGCCGCAACCGCACGCUCACGGCGCUCGACACGGACUCCGAGGCGGUGUGGGGCGGCGGCCUGCUGGCCCUGCUGGGCUCCCUGCAGCACAACAACGCCACGCUGGAGGAGCUGCGGCUGCACAACCAGCGGCACGUG